AGUUUUUAAACGCUCCGCGUUGCUCAACGGUCAUCUCUUCUAACGGCUCUAUUCAAUCAGCAUUUGAACCAAAUCAUCUCGCUGUCUCUAUACUCUCUCUCACACACAAACACACAGAUAACCAACUGUUUGUAAAUUGUAAUCUUCAAAAAAAAAUUUACUCAGAAUUUCUAUAGAAAAUUGAAUUAUCGAAUCAUGUUGAAGUCCAAUGCUGAAAUCUCAGAGAACAGAUACUUGGGAAGCAUAUCUGCCUCCGUCUCACCAUUCAAGAAUUUAUUUCCUAAAUCGAAGCAAAACAUGAAUUUGACACGCCGUGCGAAGUCCAAAUCGAACAGUGAAAACAUUGCACCUCCGGAUCCAAACAUUCAGAUCAGCGAUCCUCCACUGUCAGGUUCAAUUUCAUUACCCAAAAAUUCACCUAGAAAACCCUUAGUAAAUUCCCAUAAAGUAGAAGAUACCACCUCCGUGUUGGAAGAUAAAGCACCCAAGGCCCCAGAUACAACUGUCAAGGUUGUGGCGAGAUUAAGACCCACUAAUUACAGUGGAGGUGGAUUUCAGACAGUUAGAAAAGUUUCUAACGAUUCAGUAUCUGUUGGUGCCAGAAAGUUCACCUUCGACGCGGUUUUCGACUCGAAUUCAACUCAGGAGGAAGUAUAUCAAUCAGUUGGUGCCCCAGUGGUGAAGGAUGCAUUGGCUGGCUACAAUAUAUCGCUCUUGGCUUAUGGGCAGACUGGCAGUGGAAAGUCUUACACAAUGUGGGGUCCCCCCAGUGCUAUGGUUGAGGGUCCAUCAGAUAGUGGACUUCAGGGUAUUGCACCACGCAUUUUUCAAAGUCUGUUCUCUGAGAUUCAAAAGGAGCAAGAGAAUUAUGAAGGCAAACAGAUAAAUUAUCAAUGCCGGUGCUCGUUUCUUGAGAUAUAUAAUGAGAAAAUUGGAGAUCUACUGGACCCGACGCAGCGAAAUCUAGAGAUAAAAGAUGAUGCCAGAAAUGGGUUUUAUAUAGAGAACUUGACUGAGGAGUACGUAACCAGUUACGAGGAUGUCAUCCAAAUCUUAAUUAAGGGGCUUUCGAGUAGAAAGGUUGGUGCUACAAGCAUAAAUUCCAAGAGUUCAAGAUCACAUACUGUAUUCACGUUCAUAAUUGAGACCUGGUGUAAGGAAUCCUCAUCAAAAUGCUUUGGGAGUUCCAAGACUAGUAGAAUCAGCAUGGUAGACCUUGCUGGUUUUGAGAGAACUUUACUUGAUGAUGCUAGCAGACAGCUUGUAAAAGAAGGAAAGUAUGUAAAGAAGUCCACGUCACAACUCGGGCACUUAGUAAACAUCCUUGCACAGAGAAGUAAUUCUGGGAGAGCCGAAGAUGUUCCGUAUAGAAGUUCUUGUCUAACUCAUGUGUUGAGAGAAUCAUUUGGUGGCAAUGCCAAACUCUCCAUUAUGUGUGCCAUUUCUCCUGAUAACAGGAGCAAUAAUGAAACAAUAAGCACACUUAGAUUUGGACAGCGGGCGAAGCUCGUGAAGAAUGAACCUGUAAUAAAUGAAAUAACAGAAGAUGAUGUUGAUGAUCUCAGCAACCAGAUUCGCCAGCUGAAGGAAGAACUUAUAAAAGCUAAGUCCAUUUCACGCAACUCAUUCACUAGCAAUCAAAGGAACUUCAGAGGACGAAGUGUUCGUGAAAGUGUGAAUCAGUUAAGACUGAGCCUGAAUCGUUCACUGAUCUUACAAUGCGAAGACAAUGAUUCUGAAAAGGAAAUACCCGUCAACGAGGAUGAUGUAAAAGAACUAAGAUUUCAGAUUGAUAAUUUACAUAGAUCACAUGAAGAAAAUUCUGAGAACAGAGAUUGCAAUCAAUUAUACUCUGCAGAAGGUUGUGAGACAGAUCAGGCCUGUGAACAUUACUUGAGCUGUUCAGAAGAAAGCGACUGUGAAGAAAUUAGUUCAAGAGUAUCUCAAUCAGAAAUUCCAGAUUUAAACAACACCAUAUCAGCAGGUGACGUCGAUAGUAUCCUGAAGAAGUCAAUGGCCAUUCAUCCUUCAUCAAGCAGUAGCUUGUCAAUCAGUGAAUGCCCUCAUCGUGCAGUCCUCCAAGGUCCUGUGUUCUCCGAGUCUCCAAAAAUAAGUACUCAAAGGAAAAGAACAGUGUUCUCACCAAAUCAUCGGUCGAAUCACGAUGUUGUGACAUCCAAAAGUCUGGAUGUCGGACAGUCGAAUCAACAACAUGAUCAUAUUAAAUCCUCUGUAAGGUCUUCUAGAAUAUUUCCAAGCCCAACUGAAUCCUUAACUGAUAGCUUGAACAGAGGCUUACAGAUCAUUGACCACCACCAGGAGAACUCUGCAUCAACUAGAUCAUUAUCUUCCUUCUCUUUUGAACACUUUGCACUCAAAUCUUGUCCAACAACUGAAAAGGUCUAUGCCUCUGUUCAAACCUCACCACAUGACGAACAAUCUUCAGAUGCACCCUUUGCUUCCUUUGUCUGUAUGACAUGCCGGGGGAGAGAAAUUUCUACCUCUAAUGAAGCCAAGGAUAGUAUAAAUUCAUGGAUGGUUCCAGUGGACAGAUCAGGGAGUUUUAAUAGAUUAUCUACUCAAGUGACCAGGCUUGAUGUAGAGAGAGAUUUGGCUAUGGCUAUUAAAAGAGAGAAGGAGCUUGACAGUAUUUGCAAGGAGCAAGCAGCUAAAAUAGAGCAUUUAAAUCUAUUGCUAAAGAAAUGCAAUUGCAAGACAAAUGAGAAUUCUACCAAUGAGCACAAAAUUGAGAAAUGCAACUCACCAAUUAAUGAAAAUAAGCUUCUGACAUGGGAUGGUCAAGGAAAUCAUGAGCCGGAGGUUAUAAAGGAGAAGUGUGAAAUAAAAGAAGGCCAGGAAGAGUUGAAUCUUAGCAGGGGGAACGAAUCCUUUGAUGUGGAAGAGAGGGAAGCACUUCUCAAAGAAGUUGAAAUUCUAAGGAGCAAAUUGCAGUCAUAUACUGUUACACCUACAGACAGAUCAGUUGACAGACUCAAAUCCUCUUUGUUGUUGCAAUCAAUCCAGUUGAGAAGAAGUAGUGCAUGUGCUCGAGGUAAUAGUGAGGAAGAAAUUGAAAAGGAAAGAAAAAAAUGGAUGGAAAUGGAAAGUGAUUGGAUUUCAUUAACUGAUGAAUUGAGAAUUGAAAUCCAAUCUAACCGUCAACGAGCAGAGAAGGUGGAGAUGGAGUUGAGAUUAGAGAAAAUCUGUACAGAGGAAUUGGAUGAUGCACUCAAAAGAGCUAUCACUGGGCAUGCCAGACUGGUCGAGCACUAUGCUGACCUGCAGGAGAAGUACAAUGACUUGGAGGGAAAGCAUCGAACAAUUAUGGAAGGUAUAGCAGAGGUGAAAAGGGCAGCUGCAAAAGCAGGAGCCAGAGGUUGUGGUUCUCGUUUUGCAAAGUCACUAGCACGGGAGCUUUCAGCUUUGAGGAUGGAAAGGGAAAGGGAGAAGAAGCUGCUGAAAAAGGAGAAUCAGAGUCUUAGAAUUCAGAUCAAAGACACUGCAGAAGCUGUACAUGCUGCAGGUGAACUACUUGCUAGGUUGAGGGAAGCUGAGGAAGAGACUUCAGUGGCUGAGGAGAAGAAUACUAUGAUCCAGGAAGAGAAUGAAAAUUUAAAGAAACAAAUAGAGAAACUGAAGAGAAAGCACAAGAUGGAGAUGAGCACGAUGAAACAGUAUCUUGCAGAGAGCAGAUUGCCUCAAGCAGCAUUACAGCCUCUUUAUCAUGAGGACUCCGAUUUAAUACACCAAGAUACAACCCCAAUCCCUGACGAUGAUCAAUCUUGGCGAGCCGAAUUUGGAGCAAUAUACCAAGAACAUUACUGAGUCAAUUGAUAAUCAUCAUACUAGGAGGAAAACAUAAAAGUGCAUUGGACCCUGCUUAGGUCCCUGCAUUCAUACACUUCUCUCCUGUACUUGCUUGUGAAGCUCUGCUGUACAUCUUUUACAUUUCAUUUUUUAGCAAUUUGAUUUAUGUUGUUAGAUGGACACUAUUGUGUGUAUCAAAAAAAAAUCUGUCCGUUGUAAAAGUAAAUAACUGCAUUGAUUUUUGUUUGCUAACAGUAAAACUAAAUGAAAGUUACUUUUUCGA